GCUCCUAAAUUAGCUAGGUUUUGGCUCCUGCCGCCCCUCCCACUCCUUUUCCCAUCCAGCCCCGAUCUGGCUGGCGGCUGGCAGGUCCUCGCCGGCGCCCGGUCGAGUAGCUCUGCCGCUGCAUGCUGCAGUAGCCCCGCCGCUAGCCUACCUGCUCCUCCUUCCCAUCCAUCGGCUGGACUCCUUCACCCAUGGGCUCCUCCCAAUCUCUCGUCCCAGCAGCUGGUCGCCAUCUGCUCCCGACUGCCUGCUGCCGUCGCUGCCGACCUGCUCCUCCAUGGCUUCACCGGUGAGCAAGGGGUCUACGGUUGCCUCUACCGGUGCAAGUUCUCAUACUCUCAAAAGAAAUUCAGAUGACAUGGGGUGGGAGUUUGCAACCUUGAUCAAUCCUUUAGAUCUACAGCGAGUGAAGUGCAAGGUAUGUGGAAAGGAGAUGGGUGGAGGCGUCAAUAGGAUGAAGCAACAUAUUGGGCAGGUAAAGGGAAGCGUGACAAGUUGCAAUGUAGCCACACCAGAUCAGCAGAAAAGGUGUAAGGAUGCUUAUGAGGCACCACAAAAGAAGAAGAAGCUGAAAGAAAAACAUGAUGAAGAAGUACGCGCUGAGGUUGUCAUUCAAGUUGAUGAUGACAAGAACGAGGAAGAGCUUCAUGCAAUUGGAGAAGUUGAAGCUCGCAAGUCAGGGCCUAUUGAUAAAUAUGUGAUGCCAAUUGAUCCUUCCAUCCCAUUGAAGAAGUUCCAAACAAAACAUAAAUGAUGCAAUUGACAAGGACAAAGCUUACAUGGUAGGCAAUAUUUGGCUAGAUGGAUGUACAAGAAAAAUAUUCCUUUCAAUGCUGUCAAUGAUGAUGACUUCAAGCAGUAUUGUGAAGCCCUUGGUCGGUUUGGUCCUAAAUGGAAGCCACCUUCCCAAUAUAUGCUCCGAGAGAAGAUGUUGCUGCAAGAGGUGGAAAGAACAAAGGAUUUGAUGAAGCCACAUGAGCUUGAGAGGGUGGAAACCGGGUGCUCUAUCAUGACCGAUGCUUGGACCGACAAGAAAAGAAGACGUAUAAUGAAUUUGUGUGUGCAUUGCAAGUUAGGGACCGCCUUUCUUGAAUCAAAGGAGGCGUCGACUGAUGCACACACAAUUCUAUACAUCUUCAAUUAUGUAGUUGAGUGCAUUGAGAAAAUUGGUGCUGAAAAUGUUGUGCAAGUGGUCAAGGACAAUGCUUCCAACAACAUGGGAGCAAAGGAGAUGCUCAAAGGAAAAUGGCCAAAAAUCUUUUGGAGCUCAUGUGCAACUCACACCCUCAAUUUGAUGGUAGAAGCAAUUGGGAAGCUGAAGCAAUUUGGCCCUACAAUCAUCAAAGCUAAGCAAAUGACGAUUUUUCUUUAUGCACAUCAUAAAACAUUGUCCUUGAUGAGGUCUUUCAUGAAAAAAAGAGACACUGUUAGACCGGGGGUGACACGAUUUGCUUCGGCAUUUAUUACGUUGCAAAGUUUGGUUUCUAAAAAGAAAGAACUAAGGGCAAUGGUUUGUAGUGAUGAAUGGGAAGCAUGCAAGCACACGAAAACGGUGAAAGGAAAGGCGGCCAACACCACAAUAAUGAGUAGGGGCUUUUGGAAAAAUGUAUCACUUUGCAUCAAGGUAUGUUUAUGGGGGCUGUUUGCAUCUAGUCAUAUGUUGGGGUGUUUGCAUCUAUGUAUUUCCAAGUUGGGGUUGUUUGCAUCUUGUCAAGUAGUCAUAGUUGUAGUUGUAACUUGUGCAUUUAUAAUGUUGGGGCUGUUUGCACGUGCUUAUAUGACUCAUUUGAUCAUUUUUAUGUUACCAUGCAAGGUUUUUGAGCCAUUGGUGAAGGUGCUUCGGUUGGCUGAUGGGGAUGGUCCAUCUAUGGCCUCUAUGUAUGGAGAACUAAUAAGUGCAAAAAGGGAAAUCAAGGUUGCUGUUGAAAAUUCAGAAAAACACUAUUUGGUGAUCACUAAUGCCAUGAAUACCAAGAUGAGUGGGAGGCUGGAUUCUCCAUUGCACAUGGCAGCAUACAUCUUGAAUCCCAAAUAUAGUUAUGCUGAUCCGAGCAUCUUUACGGAUGUGGAGGUAGUGGCUGCGCUUAUGGAAGUCAUGGAGACAUUUUAUUAUGAUGAUGACAUCAAGCAAAAUAAGGUGUUUAACAUUGACUUCACCAAGUUUAAAAAGAAAGAGGGUAUGUUUGGGAAGGUGGCUGCAUUGAAAGCAAUGGAGAAUAACAAUUUCGAUGCCGCUGAUUGGUGGCCUACAUUGCAACACAUGGCCAUAAGGAUACUCAACUUGACCACAAGUUCAUCCGGAUGCGAAAGAAAUUGGAGCACUUUUGAAAUGGUAGAUGCAAAGAGGAGAAAUAAACUAGAUGUGGCCUGUAGGGACAAUCUAGUUUAUAUCCAAUUCAAUGAAAGGAUGAUUGAUAAAAGAAAGAAGUUAUCCUCUUCUAGUGAUGUUCUUCUUGGUGAAGAUGCGUCACGAGCACAAGAUUGGAUAUGUGAAGAGGCAUACAUUGAUGAUGAGUUUGAUCCCACUACGGGGGUGCCAUACAACAUCAUUGAUGAAGCAAUGGGGGAAAGCGAACCUACAGAGCUUCGUAGGAGUGCACGAGUUAGAGAACUCCAUGAAGUUGAAGAAUACGUUGAGGAUGAUGAUGAUGAAUCUGAUCAUGCGGUAGAUACGGAGGAUGAUGAGAUUGAUUACGAGUCCGAUGAUGAUGGGGUGAUGGCAACCAAAGAUGAUGAUGAUGAGGAGGAGCCCCCGCAGCCUUGAGCCAUUCGUCGCAAACUUAUUUUGCUUGCUAUUUGUGUGCCCGAACCUUAUGUUCUUAAUCCUUAUUACCUUGAUACCUAUUUCUAUGUGUGUGGCCGAACCUUGUUAGCAUGUUACUUAUUUGGCUAUUUCUAUCUAUAUAGCUGAACUUAUUUGGAUCUUGUUACCUAUUCGUCUUGUGAACCUUAUUAUGAAUUAUAUUCGGUAUUUCCUA